AGUCGUAUUCUGUGUGACAUGGUGUGACUGCAUUCAAGUAUAAUUAUUGUUUUGAAUUUAGGUAAUAACUAAUAGUUAAUAGUUGGUGAAUUAAAAAACACAUUACAGUUUAACCUGUUUAUAAGUUAUUCAAUGAAGUGAUCCCCUACUAAGAAAAUGCCGCAGAAACAGAGAAAAAUCGCUAUUAUGGGCUAUCGUUCAGUCGGUAAAUCGUCAUUAAGCAUACAGUUUGUUGAAGGUCAGUUUGUCGACUCCUACGAUCCAACAAUUGAAAACACUUUUGCGAAAACAACCAAAGUUAACAAUCAAGAAUAUGACUUGAAAUUAGUUGAUACAGCCGGACAAGACGAGUACUCCAUAUUACCUACACAAUAUUCUAUGGACAUUCAUGGAUAUGUCUUGGUCUAUAGCAUUACGUCACCAAAAUCUUUUGAAAUCAUUCAGAUCAUCUAUGAUAAAUUAUUAGACAUGACUGGUAAAGUGCAUGUUCCUAUAGUAUUGGUAGGCAAUAAAAAAGAUUUGCAUAUGGACCGAGUUGUUACACAAGAGGAAGGACGGAAGUUAGCAGAUUCUUGGAAGGCUGUAUUUCUUGAAGCUUCGGCCAAGCAGAAUGAAGUAACAUCAAAAAAAUGUGUAGCUGAUAUAUUCCAUGCUAUUUUAAUGGAAAUUGAAAAAGCAAAUGGAAAUACUGUUCAAGAAAAUAAUAAAUGCUGUAUAUCAUGAAAAUAUAAAAACCAUAUCAACGACUUAUUUAUUUGAAUUAUUAAUAUGAUGCUUA